CAAUGGCCAAACAAAAACCUCUCCAGAUCCUAUUCUUCCCCUUACCCUCUCCAGGCCACAUCAUCCCCAUGAUUGACUUAGCGAAGCUCUUUGCAUCACGGGGAGCCCAAUCCACCAUCAUCCUAACUCCAUUAAAUGCUUCCCGUUUCAAUUCAACAAUCGCCCGUUCACAGUCUCUCAACCACCGCAUCAAACUCCACGUCAUCCCAUUCCCUUCUUCUCUCCUACCGCCAAACUGUGAGUCCACCGACACUUUACCCGACCGUUCUUUGUCCGAAUCAUUUUCACAGGCUCUAAGCCUAAUGCAACCCGAAUUUGAUCAGGUGGUGAGAUCUGAACCUCCUGAUGCUAUUGUAUCUGAUCUGUUGCUGUCAUGGAUUGCACCAGUUGCCAAUGAGCUCAAUAUACCUCGUUAUGCUUUCCCUGGCACUGGCUGUUUUCCUCUCUCUGUUGAGCUCAGCAUUUUGAUGAAUCGGGCUCAGAUUGGUUCGGUUGACGAGUUUAUUGUACCUGGUUUGCCGAAUAAGGUGUAUCUGACACGGUUCAAGCUCGCUGAAACCACCCUGCCAGGGGAGAAGAGCAAAGAAUUUUUUGACCGGGCAAGGAAAGUGAAUCUCAGCACAGUGGAUUUGGUAGUCAAUAGCUUUUCGGAUCUGGAACCCGCUUAUGCUGAGUACUACCAGAGGGUAAUGGGUAAGCGGGCUUGGAUGGUUGGCCCGGUUUCACUAUGUAAUCAAGAACCAUCUGACAUGGUUGAAAGAGGCAGGGGAGUGAUCCCACCUGAAGCGGGUCAGAUCUUCCAGUUUCUCGAUAACAAACCUACUGGUUCGGUCCUCUAUGUGUGUUUUGGCAGCUUGUGCCAGUUCCCACUGGCACAAUUGAAAGAAAUUGGGUUCGGUUUGGGGACAUCAAAUGUACCAUUCAUUUGGGUAAUCCGAGAAGGACAGGGCGGGUCACAUGAAGAGUGGAUGGAGGAUUUUGAAAAGAGUGUGGACGGAAGGGGGAUGGUAGUUAAAGGGUGGGCCCCACAGGUGGGGAUUUUAUCCCACAUGGCGGUUGGCGGGUUCAUGACACAUUGUGGGUGGGGAUCAGUGACAGAGACUGUCUCAGCAGGUGUGCCAAUGCUGACUUGGCCUUUGUUCGCGGAACAAUUUUAUAAUGAGAUAUUGGUUACGGAAGUGGCGCAAGUAGGUUUAAAAAUAGGCGCUGAAGUGGGUUUCGUUUGGAACCAAGUCGAGAAGGGUGGGGUGGUAGUAAGUGGGGAGAAAAUCAAAGAGAAGGUGAUUUGGUUCAUGGGAAAUGAGAAGCAAGUGGAGGAAGUGAGAAAGAGGGCAAAAAUGUUAGGGGAAAGAGCCAGACAAGCGGUGGGGAUUGAGGGAUCAUCGUAUAAAAACAUACAACUGCUAAUGGAGGAUAUGAAGCAACGGAGUUGGCGUGUAAGUAUCAAAAAGGAGCUAGCGUAAAUGCUAUAUUCUCACCUUAAUCAUGGAAACUUUUUAAGUUUUAUGUUUGAGUCCAUCUUUUAAGGGAACUAUGUACUUAGAUAUUUGAAAACAUUUGGUGUUUUUGUCUUUAGAUCCAAUGGUUACCCUAAUUUAUGUUUAAA